AUGACGUCACGCGACGCGGCGUCCUGUCAGUAUCAACACAGCAGCGCGAGAGCGAGCGGACCGGAACCGACACGGACAAACCGGAUCGCGUUUCAUCCGUUUAACGGCGGACUACUCACUCCGCUGGUCUUCUGCUUCAGUUCUCAGGCUGAUGACGGAUCCAGGAUGCUGGGGUUCUGCUGCGGUUCCGUCCGGUUCUGUCCGGUCCUGCUGGUCCUGAUGCUGGAGUCGUGUGGCGCUAACGUGGUUAUCCAGAAAGACGCUCAGUUCGACAUGACGUAUGACGACAUGGUCACCAGCGACAACCAGACCAUCUACUCCUACAACCACACCGUCUCCAGAAACAAGACGGAGGGUGUGCGUGUGUCCGUGGAGCUGCUGUCGGAGAGCACUCAGAGUCCGGUUCUGUUCGUGGUCCGGCAGAAGCAGGCCGUUCUGUCCUUCCAGGUUCCCCUCAUCCUCAGAGGCCUGUAUCAGAGGAAGUAUCAGUACACACAGGUGGGCCGUACGCUGUGUCAGCCGCCCACCAAAGCCGUGGCAGAGACGCAGUUCUUCUACGUGGACGUGUCGACGCUGUCCAGCGCUGGUGUCCACUAUCAGCUGCGCGUCAGUCGUGUGGACAGCUUCACGCUGCAGACAGACAAGAAAUUCAGCUUCAAUGCAACGCCGUCCCAACCACAGUUCUUUAAGUACAUGUUUCCGGAUGGUGUGGACACAGUGAUUGUGAAGGUGAACUCACAGAAGAACUUCCCCUGCUCAGUCAUGUCAAUACAGGACAUCCAGUGUCCAGUUUAUGAUCUGGAUAAUAAUGUGGCGUUUAUUGGAAUGUAUCAGACUAUGACCACCACAGCCGCCAUCACAGUGCAGAAGAAGGAUUUCCCCAGUAACAGUUUCUAUGUGGUGGUGGUGGUGAAGACUGAAGACGAGGCGUGCGGAGGACCGCUGCGAUUCUACCCGCUCUUACCGGAUGAGCUGCUGGAUGCUGGGAAUCGCAGUAAAACUCUGGAUGUGAUUGUUUCUCCUGCCAUUAACUCGGAGGUGUAUGUGAUGGGGAUGCUCUUCUGCUUGGGGAUCUUCCUGUCCUUCUAUCUGCUAACGUUUCUCGUGGCGUGUUUGGAGAAUAAGAGGAUGAACAGGAAGAGGGAGGGGCUUCUGAACAUUGACACCUCACCUGCUGAGACAGCGUCUCUCUUGGGAAAGGCUUCAGUGUCUCCGUAUGAAUACGGUUCAUUUGCUGAUAACGGCAGCACAUUGAGCUCUGAAGCGAUUACUGACAGUUUAGCAUCGGCCGAUGGGAACUACGGAUACAUAGAGCGUUCCUUAGAGAGCGUCGGCCGCAGUCGACAAGAGUCUCUGAGUUCAGUAGAAGAGGACGAUUACGACACGCUGGCCGACAUCGACUCGGACAAAAACAUCGUCCGUACGAAGAAGUUCCUGUGCGUCUCUGAUCUGGCUCGUAAAGACAAACGCAUCCUCAGCAAGAAAUACCAGAUCUACUUCUGGAACAUCGCUACGAUCGCAGUGUUUUACGCUCUUCCUGUCAUUCAGCUGGUUAUCACCUAUCAGACGGUUGUAAAUGUCACAGGAAACCAAGACAUCUGCUAUUAUAACUUCCUGUGUGCACACCCUCUUGGAGCACUAAGCUCCUUCAAUAACAUCCUGAGUAACCUGGGUUAUGUGCUGCUGGGGCUGCUCUUCCUGCUCAUCGUCUUACAGAGAGACAUCCUUCAUAACCGCGCGCUCGAGCGCAACGACACCACAGCGCUGGAGUGUGGCAUUCCCAAGCACUUCGGCCUGUAUUACGCCAUGGGCACUGCGCUGAUGAUGGAGGGGCUACUCAGCGCCUGCUACCACGUCUGUCCAAACUACACCAACUUCCAGUUCGACACCUCGUUCAUGUAUAUGAUUGCUGGACUGUGUAUGUUGAAGCUGUAUCAGAAGAGACACCCGGACAUCAACGCCAGUGCUUACUCCGCUUACGCUUGUCUGGCUGCCGUCAUAUUCUUCUCUGUGCUGGGAGUGGUGUUUGGUAAGGGUAACACAGUGUUCUGGAUCAUCUUCUCUGUCAUACACAUACUGGCCACAAUGCUGCUGAGCACACAGCUCUACUACAUGGGCCGCUGGAGACUCGACUCUGGGAUCUUGCGCAGGAUCUUGAAUGUGAUCUACACAGACUGUAUUCGGCAGUGCAGUGGACCCAUGUACAUUGAUCGGAUGGUUCUGCUGGUGAUGGGAAACAUUGUGAACUGGUCACUGGCGGCGUACGGCCUCAUCAAACGACCCAAUGACUUCGCUUCGUACCUGCUGGCCAUCGCUAUCUGUAACCUGCUGCUCUACUUCGCCUUUUACAUCAUAAUGAAGCUGCGCAGCGGCGAGCGAAUCAAGUGUCUGGCUCUGGUGUGUAUUCUCUUCACCGCUGUGGUCUGGGGAUUCGCUCUGUUCUUCUUCUUUCAGGGUCUCAGUACAUGGCAGAAAACACCAGCUGAGUCUCGUGAGCACAACCGUGAGUGUAUCCUGCUCUCCUUCUUUGACGAUCACGACAUCUGGCACUUCCUGUCUUCCAUCGCCAUGUUCGGUUCCUUCCUGGUUCUGCUCACGAUGGACGACGACCUCGACGCGGUUCAACGAGACAAAAUCUACGUCUUCUGAUGGACAGACAUCGAGUCCCUGUACUAGCCAAUCACAGAGCAGCACUGGGGGUAUCGGCCAAUGAGAGGCCUCGCUACCUGAAUAUGUUUACCUGCCAGUCAGAGACGGUGUGGGAGGAGCCUCAUACGAGAACUGAUGCUGAUAGGACAGUGAAUGUGCCAGUCAAACUGCCAGAGCUCCUCCCUUCAUCGCCGUGUUAAUCGCUUCAGACCUGCCCUACAAAUCUCAAUGCAUUUUUGUACCGGUGCAGUUUCUCUGUUCUCUGCGUUUGUGUCCGUCUGUGGCCUUCUGUGUCUGUGGUUUUGGACCGUGUGGUUCUGACUGUAAAUCCGAGCCGAGCUGCUUCACUCAUCUAAAGAUGAUUCUGAUCUGAGAAAAUCAACUUUGCACUGUCUUAAAAUUACAGAUUGUGUUUUUACAGAGUACAAACGGAAUGAUUACUGAAUAAAGACUUUUUACGGUUGUU